AUGUCGCCCGCCGAUGAGCAGAAGCUUCACGAAGCGUCUUCGGACCGGCACAAUCGCGCUUACAGGGGCUCCCUCCGCAAGGGAGCGCUGCUGAGCGAUGGACGGACAAGCGGGGAGCAGCUGGACGGGGCGCGGGCGACGUCGAACCCGAGGAGGACACAGAGCUCGGGCGGCUUCUUAUUAGACUCCUUGCCGCGAUCAGGAAGCACUCGUAUCACUGGUGCUCAUCGGGCUCGCCCCCCAGAGCCAGCGGGGAAACGAACGGCCGAAGCAGAUCUCGUGGUCCCAAAAAAACGUUCCCGUUUGCCAUGGAGUCGCCAUAAGGUAUCUGCCUCUGAAUCGUCGCCCGCCCAAGGAUCUACCAAGCAGACGCCGACCCCGCCUCCGGAAGAUGAGCACUGGAGGAUAUCCUCCAGUGCAGACUCGCCGGAUUCACAGCAGAAUGCGCGCGGCCUUGGCCUCGAUGCAGACUCCAUAAAAAUCGUGAAUUUGGCUCUGAACCUGAACGAGUCGCGAAGGAAGUCUUCGGGACUUCCGCUAGGCCCUGCAUCUCGCAGGUCGGUAUCUGUGACACAGCCUGCUGCUGUUGAUCGCCACGUCUCUCCUUCUCCUAGGAUAAACAAUUCUUUGGGAUUUUUUGACGACCAGAACCCACGAGUCACGCCACCGACCGUACAUUCUCCAGUAUUGGAGUUCCUACCGGCCACUGCGGUCCACGACAACCGCGCGUUUGAAUGCUCGAAGAGCACUCUUGCGCGAGCUGAACGGGCGCGUCGACACUUCGAACUCUUCCAUGAAUAUUUACGACUACUUCCACUACUACCACCCCUACGAAACCCCGCUCCUUCAGAAAGCCCGGACUCUCGCCCAUCAAGUUCCCAGCCUCUCACAAACCGAGAAUACAACCCCCUCCAGGCUAUUCGAAACCGCCGGGUAAGAUACCGGGAGAAAUGCCACCUCGACGCAGAACGGGAGGGAUGGUAUGAUGCAGAUAAAGUACACGAUUGGGUCGAUGCGAUCGAGGAACAGACUAGGUCCAAGAUAUUUGACGACAAACAAUCUAUAAAGAUUCCUCCACUGAAUUCAGACUACCAUCGACGGUCUGAUGGAGCCGGCGGUGAGCUUGACCAGCUAGCGGGCUCUCCGCCGGCAAGCCUGACACGCGGCAGUCGUACGAACAGCAUCAAGGCUCCACAUCUGGGCCUUGACUGGAAGAUCUCCCCUGCAGAGCUUCUGGCCGAUGCCGCAUGGGUCGAAGAUCCUGUGAACAAAGCCAAAAUCGUUGACAAAGAGGGCAACCAAAUCUACCCUAACAUUGCAGAGCUCGCUAAAGUGGAUACGAAUGCAGAAUCGGCGCGGAAAAAACGAUCCUCUCUCGAAGUUGGGCGUCCGUUUGAUGAUUUAUCGUCUCAGCAUGCUUCCUUGUCGAGUUCUCACCCGGUUACUUCACAUCCGGCUUUGGGACAAGAGUUUAAAAGUGUUGGCAGAGGGCGACAGAAGCACAGACUUCGAAGCCACUCGCACAGUCUGCGAAGCCAGAGCCCUUCCAGUUCCCACAAGCGUUCUCGAUGGGACAAAGUAAGAUUGCGCGCUGGAAGCACUUCGAGCGAGUCCAGCAGUGACCACCAGAGGUCUCCUGGCAACAACAAGCAUCAAACUCUGGGACGUUUACGAAGAGAACUCGAGAAACUCCCCCAUAAUACCCACCCUGAUCGAUCAGUAUAUCGAGGCCCUCAAAUGAGCCCUCCGGACGCGACGGGAGCUGAUGCCGACCGUGGCCGAACCCGUCCAGCCCUGCCGCUUUCUGACAGCACCAAAUCCAAUUACUUCAAUCGAAAGGCAUCCUUUUUGUCUACUGGAAGUGUCGACGAUCGCUACAACCCGAGAAUAUCGUUAGACCAUGAUAGUACCGCAGCAAACUCUCCUUCUCAGCAAGCUGGCUACUUUCCUAGCAUUGCAGUUAAUCUCUCUCCGCCAGCCACCCGAGACACUUCGCCAGCCAAGAAAGGCUUGCGUCAUAAGAUUGCUUCCCGUCAUGAGCGAAGCAAAAGCAAGCAAGGGGAACGAGACGCGAAAAAGCAUGAUGAAGAGGAGCCCGUCGAGACAGUUGCGCAGGACCUAUUGCCCCAGCCUAGCUCUGCUGAUCAGCCUGCAAGGCUUGAACCGAGCCCUUUACCAGACGUAGUGUCUUCGUCGUAUCAUGAAGACCCUGAUGCUCCCGAUGUUCGCCGAUCGGAGAGUUUCCGAGCAAAGAAAGGGCAAAACGGCCCUGAGUCUAAGCUACGAGGUAUAUUCAAGGGUCCGGGGCGGAUAGCAGCAGUCGUUGGAAAUGAGGUUUCGAAGGUCGGAGACCUUAUCCUAAAGAAGGAGCCUGUCCCCGACGGUCGGAAGUCAUCAUAUCCGACUACUGCCGACUCCGAUACCAGUGAUUCCUCCGAUGACGAGAAACGAUCAGAAAAACGUUCGGGGCCCAAAGCCCUAUUACGCCGCCUGCCUACACUUGGGGAUGAACCGAGUCGGCCUCGCCACAUCCGUCGAGAUUCCGACAAGGGUUCCUCGCGCAAUCCUCUUCCAUCACUCCCUACCUUUACAUCACCGCUUCGACAAGAUGAGGGCCCCGGAUCCUCCGAGGCGAUCGACCAGGGGAGUCCGCGUGAGCGCGGAAACGGUUCUCGAAGACUAGAUGAGCACAACGAACCCAAGAGGAAGCCGCUCUCUCGAGCUGAAACCUUCGACUUUUCCUCGUCGUUCUACGCAAACCGUGACAGGCUCAGAAGUAACGACAUCCACGUCGCAUCCGCUGCGUAUGGUCUGACCCGGCCCCCUGUCACUGGGUUAGCGCAAGCCCGCGCCUCGCCUGGCCCCCAAGCGGAGAGGAAGGACCCUUUAUCACGCGCAUGGAGUAUUUCGGGCCGUUCUCUCAAAGCACAGAACGACUCGGGCGUCCCAGACAAGCCCGAAGUUGAACGAACCCGCGCUCUUUUUCUAUCGUCCGGAAUCAAGGCUCGAGAAAUUAUAAGGCGCGCUCGCACCCCUCGAAACCCGCCUCCGCACUGGCUUCAGAACAGCAUGGGACCACACAUCUCUAUACCUCGCGUCGAGCGAAUCGACGAAUUCGACCUUGCGGCGCAGAAUUUACUCCGGCGGUUCGAAAUGACCCAAUACAACUUCCAGCAAUCCAUGCACCGCUUCGUGACGACCAGUUCUUCGCCCCUCCGUGCGCAGCUGAAAGAGCUAGAGAAUCUUGUCAACAAGAGUCUCACGCCGCGUGUGCGCGCGACAUCCGACGAGGCCGAGGCUCUCUGUGUCCAGCUGAACACUACUGGUACGCUCGCCGUGAAGUCCCUCAGCGAAGCCCUCGAUAGAGGCGUGCGAAGGCGUCGACGCCGUAUCCGGUGGGCCCGUCGCGCUGGAUUCGUUGUCCUUGAGUGGGCUCUUGUCGGCAUGCUCUGGUGGGUUUGGCUGGUCGUAAUGGCCUUCAAAAUUGUCCGCGGUGUCUUCCGCGGUGUUAUCUCCGGUGCAAGAUGGAUUCUGUGGCUUUGA